AUGUCGACGCCACCAGCACAGGUAGUACCGAAGGCAGGAGUAUGGGUAACGGCCGCAGUGAAACAGGAUCAGCAGACAGCCUCAAAUCAACUCGUUAAGAACAACUUGAAGAGCCAGGGCCUUGGCUUCCGCAAAGUUGAUACCCGAGGUGUCUUCUGUCAGGAACACAGCCAAGAGCCGGGGAUAAUACGACCAGAUAGUGUGCCGCCUGCAAACUAUGAGACGUUGUUUCCGUGGGCCCCACCCACGCUCUCCGAGUCCUGGCCCGGCCACGGGCGAGCCUGGCAAAGGGGACCAGGCCCAUCCGCAUCUCACUCCGAGCACGAGCUUGAUGACCCCAUUGUCGCGGCCGCGCGGCACAAUCAGACCAGGCCCUUGCUUCGGCUGCCAGACAGGAUCCUCAUCGGCAUCAUUAAGCGCCUGGACCCCGUUGAUGUCGAGUGUCUCCGUCGCGUCUCGCGGAGAUUCCCCCCGCCGGCUGCCAAGGUCAUGGUCUCCCGAGAACCCGCCUCCAAGAACCUCAUCCUAUCCCGCGGUCCGUUCCCUUGGCCCCUUUUGGCGGAGGCUUUUAGCGCCGCCGAGUUCACUGCCGCCAGGAGGAGACUGCUGCUCCGGCUUGACCAGGACCGAUAUUGCUCCGUGUGCAAAACAGCCCGCCGUGCACCGGACUGGCUGUCGAGGGUCUACAAGCUGCGCACAUAUCAUUGGUGCUCGGGUUGCGAGGGCUUCCACCCAGCCUGUCUCUUCUCGGCCGCACAGCGCCGCCGGCAGUCGCCCGAGCGGAAGUGUGUCGCGCGCGAGGGCUACAUCCGGAUCUGUGGCCACAAGGACGGCAUCGUGCGGUGGUCCGACGUCGUGGACAUUUUUGAGCGGGAGCGAGGCCCAGACCCGCCGGCGUUCAACGGCCGGCGAUGCUUGGACAUCAGCCACCGCACGGCAUGUGGAGAGGCCAGGGUCGGGGAACAUGCAGGCCAGCACAUGGAGGCACCGGACGACUACGACGAGUUUCCCCCCAUCCAUAUCGCGAGGCAUCUGGAUUCCUCCAGAAGACUAGAAGAGUCGCUCGUCACAUCGUGGAGCCCACACGUGCCCCUGGGUCGGCUCGGAGAGUGGCCACCUACCGCGAGCACCCUCCGUCGCCGUCUCGGCGAGCUUUCAGAUAAUGCCGGGCGCUUCAUGACCUUGACGGCGCAGCCGCAGAUGCUGGAGCUGCACGAGCUCCGAUGUUUCGACCCCAACGGUUGCGACUGUGUUUACUUUGAGGGCUCCGAGGACGUCGACUGGCGUCCGUACCGCCCGAUACAACAAGAGAGAAUUGAGAGGGGGAACCUGGAUGGCGCUACUUCCAAGUGCUAUUUUGAUCCUGCGAAACGCCUGCUGGCGUCUCCGCGUCGCCACCGCAGCCUCUCGUCGGAACCAACCCCCGGGCCCAAACCAGACGCCGAGAAGUGCCUGGUGGCUGAGAGAGUCCCGCAUAGGGCCCGGGUCCGGUUUCUCCACCGUGACUCCAUGCAUGGGCCUGGCGACCUGAUCGAACGAUACAUUGUUAACAGGCUUCCUGCCGAUGGUUUCAACGAUAUUCCCGAGAGCUGGUACCAGUCCCUGGACCCGGACUCAUACGGACUCACCACGGACGCCGACGGCUAUGGUGACGGCGCGCGGGCAUGGGUCCUCGAGGACGCCCUGCUGCCUGCCUCUGUGCAGAGACUGGCGCCAAAACAUGGAAAGAGGCAAGGAGAGGCUUCAAGGAAGAAUCCCAGGCGAGACAAAUACGGCAACCAUGAGAAGUACCCCAAACGGCAGAACCAGGAUGGAGAGACCUCCUCGAGCGGUUCUCUGGGUGUAAUGAUCUCGGACAUUUCCAGCCCUCCCGAAAUUCUUGCUGUCACCACCACCAUCACCACGGCCGCUGACGUCGCCGCCGCCCCGCAGAGAUUAUGCCAAUAG